UACCCCGGUCACUGGCUCUGGAAGUCACGAGAUGAUUCCGUGACCACCAUCUCGUGUGGGGAGGGAGGACAUCCACUGGUCAUUGAGUGAAUGGUGAGAGACAGGGGCGCAGUCAUUGGCGAGACAGCAGGAGCACAAACCAUGGGGCCUGAAGGACCUUCCCAGGUGGGAGAAGAACAAUCAGGGAAGGCGCUCUCCUCCAAUCUGCCCGCAAUAUCAGAGGGUGUCGUUGGAUCUAAGACGGCCAGAAGGGAGACUGAACAGAGCAGUGUCAGCUAGGCCCCAAUCCUCGCCCAAUGUUUCAUGCCCAGGCAUCUAACUAUAGACCAAGUACUGGUCAGCGGAAGAAGCCUAAUAUAAAAGUCGAAUUGACUGAGGAACAGAAACAAGAAAUUAAGGAGGCCUUUGACUUAUUUGAUAUUGAUGGAUCUGGAAGCAUUGACGUGAAAGAAUUGAAGAUUGCAAUGCGGGCAUUAGGCUUUGAGCCAAAGAAAGAAGAAAUCAAAAAAAUGAUUGCAGAGAUUGACCGAGAAGGAUUUGGCACCAUUAACUUUGAAGACUUUUUUGCCAUGAUGAGUGUGAAAAUGAGUGAAAAGGAUGAAAAAGAAGAAAUUUUAAAGGCCUUCAAAUUAUUUGAUGAUGACUGUACAGGAAGUAUCACCCUCAAAAAUAUUAAGAGGGUUGCUAAGGAACUGGGAGAAAAUUUAUCAGAUGAUGAACUUCAGGAAAUGCUGGAUGAAGCUGAUCGGGAUGGAGAUGGAGAAAUUAAUGAGCAAGAGUUUUUGAGGAUGAUGAAAAAAACCACUCUUUAUUAAUGCUAAUUCUUUUGUAACUGUGUCCAAAAGGGUAUUACAUCUUUAUUGUUCUAUAAUCCCUAAAUGUUGACCACCUCAGUUUUUAGAUUGUCCCAACAGCAUUUUACUUUUGUGGCUAGCCCUGGAGGCAUAAGAAAAAUGACUAGACCAGAAAUUAAUUGCAAAGCCUAACUUUCAAAUCCAGGUAGAGAUACAAACUUUCUUUCCUUUUUCUCAUCUCACUGAUUCAGGGCUAUAAGUACUAACUGGCCAGAAAAGACUUCCAAACGAAAUUUCCUAAGUAAUAAAUGAACUUCUACUUCUUUUCCUUUGCACAAAUUUAAAAGUAAACAAUGACCUUUUUGUUCUCAUUAAAAAUAGUAGUUCAUUUGUAUAGUGUGUGAAAUAAAACUAUUAUUGCAAGUAUAA